GUCAUCAUCUGCCCUCAAGAUCCUUUACCGCUUAAGUUUUAUUUAAUACAUAGAAUUCCUUAAUUGCUUGCUCCUUCAGUGUAAGGUACAACUAUAUAUAACAAAAAAAAGCAGGUGUAUAGGUCGUCAAUUAAUUUUGCAUGUUGCAAAGACAGUAAAGAUGAAUUCGCGAGCGCUGGUAGUGUGGUUUCUUUUGUUGACGGCUGUUUUUGCGGUUACGGUGGUUGCUUCCAUCGAUGAAAAAAAACAAGCUGGUGAAAACCAAGUGGAGAACUCAAAGUCGCCAUGCAAGUACGGGAAUUGUGAACUGGUUGAAGAGAUUCCUUUCGUAGAAGCAGGUGAGGUCCUUGGUGGAGAAGAAGAAGCAUCCAAAUAUAGCCAAGGAGGUAGAGGUGGCCAAGGCGGUGGAAGUGGCCAUGGAGGGUAUAAAGGUGGUGGUGGUGGACAAGGAGGACAAGUAGGGGGUGGCGGUGGCCAAGGAGGACAAAAGGGCGGUGGCCAAGGAGGACAGAAGGGCGGAGGUGGUCAAGGAGGCGGUGGGCAAGGAGGACAGAAGGGCGGCGGCGGGCAAGGAGGACAGAAGGGCGGCGGCGGGCAAGGAGGGCACAAAGGUGGUGGUGGAGGUGGCGGCGGCCAAGGAGGGCACAAAGGUGGUGGUGGAGGUGGUGGCCAAGGAGGGCACAAAGGUGGUGGUGGAGGUGGUGGACAAGGAGGACAAAAAGGAGGUGGUGGUGGACAAGGAGGCAGUGGGGGUGGCCAAGGAGGACACAAAGGUGGUGGAGGCGGUAGCGGACGAGGAGGAAGUGGUGGCGGUAGCGGCCGUGGAGGAGGUGGGGGGAUGUAAGGUAUCUCUAGCAAGUUUCUAUUUUUAAUGCCAAGUGUGUGUACGUAUACAGAAGUACAAUAAAGUUAUAUGUAAUCGAAUGAAUCACACCACUUCGCCGAAUGUUUAUAGGCUUCGGUGUUAUAAGAGUUCUAUGUUUAUUAUA